AUGUACACUGAGGACGAACUUGAGUGGCCAGCGGAGUUCGAUGAUGAGAGGGACAUGGGAGAUGUACCUGCAGAUGAAGAGGAAUCAGAUCACGAAGGUGGUUGUUAUGGCCACGACAAAUGGGAACCUCCUGUAGUGCGAUUGCCUGGCUCUGCAUCCCAUGACCAUGAUGAAGAUGACGAAUACCCACCUACCUUAGACACAGAAGGGCCAGAUGCCCGGCACAGAGUACAACAGCAACUUUAUGAUCAUGAACAAGUACCUACUGUUGUUCAUUACCCCGAUCAACGAGCUGGACAGCCCAUCAAUUCAACCAAACAGUCGAGCAACGCAACUUAUCACGCACAACUCAAUAGCUCAGAGGCAGAUAAUCUCUAUGCCCCAUUUGCUUCGAAGCUCAAUUGGGAGAUGGCUCGAUGGGCAAAGCUACGGGGUCCCAGCUCAACUGCAUUCUCAGAGCUUGUCUCUAUUGAGGGUCUUAGUGACAAAAUUGGUCUCUCCUUCAAGAACUCAUGCGAGCUGAACAAGAUCAUUGAUAAUGAACUUCCAGGGCCUCAAAUUGUCAUUGCCAGUGAAGCAUUUGAUGUAUAUUAUCGUGAUAUCAUCGAGUGCAUCAAGGCUCUCUUCAGUGACCCGAAUUUUGCCGAUUUUCUUGUCUUUGCACCUGAGCGCCACUAUGCCGAUGAAGAUGAGACGGUUUGUCUAUAUCAUGAGAUGCAUACAGGUAAAUGGUGGUGGAAUUGUCAGGCGCAUGUCCUUCUUGCAUACCUCCCAACUACCCGCCUUGAACAUGUCACUAACAAAGCUUCUCGCCGCCGCAUGCUCGCCAAUCUCUAUCAUGCUUGCGUUAGUAAUGGGGCUAUGCAUAGAUGUCAUCCGUUGUUUGCGUGCUUUGUAGGAGACUAUCCGGAGCAAGUUUUAGCCACAGGGGUCAAGACUACUCAAUGUUCGAGCUGCGAUGUACCCUUGGAUGAGCUUGGUCUUGCAGCGGGUGCUGCAAAUUUUCAACCACGAAAUCUUGACACAGUACUCGAUGCCCUCCGUGCUCUUGAUGAAGAUGGAUUAGCCUUCGUCCAUGCAUGUACAGAUGCUGGCAUCAAGCCUAUUGUUCAACCAUUCUGGCAGGAACUGCCGUUCGUUAACAUAUUCGAAUCCAUAACUCCCGAUAUUCUCCAUCAACUCUACCAGGGACUUGUUAAACAUCUCCUCAGUUGGCUCGCUGACACAUGCAGUGGUGCGGAGAUUGAUGCACGAUGUCGACGCCUUCCCCCAAAUCACCACAUUCGACUUUUUACGAAGGGUAUUACAACUCUUUCACGCUUGAGUGGCAUGGAGCAUAACCAAAUUUGCUGUUUCUUACUCAGGAUCAUCAUUGACAUCAGGCUACCUGACAACAUGUCUUCCACCCGGCUCCUCCGUGCUGUUCGUGGUCUGCUAGACUUUUUAUAUCUGGCUCAAUAUCCAUGUCACAAUAAUUACAAUAUGGAAUACACUGAAUGCCUCCACAUUGACCUUGCAAAAGAUGCAUACCGCUCCACUAACCACAAGAACGAGUUUGCACAAAUGACGACCUGGCUUGAGCGGAGGGAGAAAAUUUUUUGCCAUGAGACACACAUUCAGUGGAGACUCAUCGCAGGCGCUACCCGUCAUCCGCAUCAUCACCCCCAUCCUCCUGAGAUGUCAUUUUGUCGUACUCAGACAAUGACGAAGCAUCCUACUAUCAAGGCAGUCACAUUGGACAAAAUUAAAUGGGUCUCAGUUGACGUUCGCGGCCACAGCAACCCCCCAGUUACUGUCGAUAGUGUACAUGCACAUCCUGGACGUUCACUGGCAGGAUCAUUUGCAUCCGACAGUGUCGCAGCUCGAUUCGACACUGCAUUCAUCAAUGACGGUACAGGUGGGCCACUCGGCACUAAAGGAUUUCGAAUCGCACAAGUUCGUGUUAUCUUCUUGAUCCCCCCCAAAGCUAUCCCCAUGCUCUUUCCAUCAACAUUCCAGCCUCCGAAAUACCUUGCCUACGUGGAGUGGUUCUCUGCUUUCCGUGCGCCUGACAAAGACCACGGCUUGCACAAAGUCACGUGCAUCAUGAAAAAUGGAGAACAAAUGGCUAGUAUUAUUCCAAUCAGCAAUAUUCGUUGUAGCACACAUUUAAUUCCGAGUUUUGGUCCUGUUGCUCCUUGCGAAUGGAGUUCUGUUAAUGUCCUUGACAAGUGUCGGUCAUUCUUUGUAAAUCCAUACAUAGACAGACACAGUUUUGUAACAUUGCAUUAAUUAUUAUUAACUUGUACUAAACUUUAGUUCUUAGAGCUAAUUAAUGCUAAUUAUCGCAGCUAUCAAAAACUUGCCUAAAUAGUUCUAAGUUUGCAUGGGAGGGUUUUCCUGAUG